GCACCUGACGCACAGGUAGACGCUUCCAGCUCGAGAAAGGAUCAGGAGCAGCGCGAGGCCAUGGCGGAGUCCCAGCUCGCGGUGAUGGAUGACGAGAACGUGAACGAGAAAGUCCCGGAGACUCGGCCUGAGUUUUACUACAGUGAAGAACAGAGAGCGGCUCUGGAGCAGCUCGUGCGGAACGGGGACGGCGCGUUCAAAACGCGUCUGAAAGAAGACAACGCAAAAGACUUCCUGUCCGCGCGCGAGGUCAAGACUCUGCUCAAGAGUUUCCAUGAGUAUGAAAAGGACAGUGAGGGGGACGGCGCGGGGAGCGGGGGCACCAAGGGCUGCAGCAGCGCAGACUCCGGGGUGCACUCCACCUACUGGCCGCAGAUGUCCGACACAGAGGUCCCCGCGCUGGACAUCGGCUGGCCCGGCAGCAGCGGGCUGUACAAGGGGGUGACGCGCGUGCACGUGUACACGCACCCGCCCAAAGGGCCCGGACCCCACAUCAAACAGGUGGUCCGCAAACUCAUCCAAGAGGCGCACAAGGUGCUGGCGAUCGCGAUGGACCUCCUGACCGACCUGCAGAUCCUCCAGGACCUCUUAGACGCCUCAUCCCGACGCUCCGUGGCCGUCUACAUCGUCCUGGAUGAGGGCGGAGUACCUCACUUCCUCGACAUGUGCUCCCGGCUCCAGAUCAGCGCUGUUCAUCUCCGGAACCUGCGAGUGCGUUUGGUUCGGGGCUGUGGUCUGGCUCUGUCCAGUGGAAGACUUCCUGGGUCCCUCUGCUCUAAGUACAUGCUCGUGGAUGGAGAGAAGGUCAUGUUCGGAUCGUAUAGUUUCACUUGGAGUUCAUCUCGCAUGGACCGAAACACGAUCACAGUGAUGACGGGGCAGGUUUUGGACGUCUUCGAUCAGGAUUUCAGAGAACUCUACGCCAUUUCCGAACAAGUUGACCUUUACCGCGAGUUCAACAUCACCAAACCGCCCGUCACCUCCCCCCUUAAGAAACCCAAAGUAGAACCCAUCAGACCAAUCCCCGUCACUACGUCUCGAUUCCAAAUGUCGACUGGAGAUUCAAAGCAAAUCGAAAAUGUCAAAGUCCCAGCGCAUAAGUACCACAAUCCCAAAUAUUCGCUAGUUUUCGGGAAUAACACGGGUUUGACGAGAUCGCUGCAAGAUCUGCCCUCCGCUAAAGACUCCGUAGCUAGCGCGAAUACUCAAAAAGGCGGCGUGCACAGCAGUUUUCUGUACGCUAGCAAGGACGUUAAGCUUGACAAAACAGAGGGUCAAAGUUCGAGGUCGAAUGUCGGGGAGGAAGAGCACGAAGUGAAGCCGAAUCUGAAGAAGCAUCAUUCCAAGAAACAGCUUGCUUCAUUCAAGAGUUUUCUAAAAGGGAAGCAUACCCACAAUGCACCACCAGAGACUAUAGAUGAAGGCACGGUCACCCAGCACAGCCCGGCACAGAAAGGUAGAUUGGGAACGUCACAUAGUCCGCUACAAAAUGGCAAACUGGGAACAUCGCAUAGCCCGGUUCCGAAUGGGAAACUGGGAAGGUCAUACAGCCCAGUUGCGAAUGGGAAAGUGGGAUCGUCACACAGCCCGGUAACGAAUGGAAAGGUGCUGUUGGUGGAUGCAAAUGGGGGGAAUGAUUCCGAGGAUGGGUUUGAGAUCUUGGAAAAACCGGGAACGCCGAAGAACAAAAGCAAGAAGAGUGGGAAGCUUCUACAUCGGAGCGUGUCCCUACAGGCCAUGGACGUCAGCGCGGGAGAAGAGGGUUCUAGAAGUCGACGGAGACACCCAAAAAAGAACUGUAUCCAGCAAUGAGAGGAGAGCUUUAUUUUUUGAUAUUUUUUUAACGUGUGGAGUCCGCAGAUCGUGCUCCCGUUUCCUGGUGAUGUCACUGCUGCGGACAUGAGACUGUUUACCGCCUUUGUGCUUUUGGGCGCGGCACUGUUUCAAUCACCAGCUGUUUGACCUCCUACUGAAAUGACUGGGUAAAUAUUAGCUUGGGGAGACAACUGAAAGUACAGCUAAUGCCAUUGUUUUUGUAUGUUUGUCAAUUUUUUUUUUUUUUUUUUUUUUACAUUUUUGCUGUUUAACCCAAUAAUGGAGAUUUAACCAGCAACCUCCAAGUUUAGUUUUGAUAACGAGACUUUUCCCAUGGCAAAAAAAACAACAACUUUAUAAACCAGGAACGCCACGCAGUAACGUUUUGCGUAUGAAAUAUAAAUUAUUAUCAAAUGAAGAAGAAUGAUCAUCAUGAGAGUUGCUAUGUAGGUUGGUGGUUUGAUUCCCACUGCACUCUGUGUCAUUGGUGUGUCCUUGGGCAAGACACUCCAGACACACACCUUGCCUCCAGCGUCGACGUGUACACUGAUGAGUUCGUGAGUUAGCAUUAUUGCAGUUGUUGGGUUGAACUAGCCGGUAUCAGUUAUUAAUGGUAACUCCAGUUCUAUGAGUCCUAUAGAGGUUAUGCAGAUGACAUCGCAGCUUUUGAUUGGUAAAAGUAAAGACGUGCAAAAGCUCAAAACGCUAAAUCGAAAAUGUGACAGAGCUGCUGCAGUUUAAUCACAAAUAUAAAAGUCUAUAACUCAAGACAAAACAAGACAUUUAAAACAAGAAAAUCAAGUUAACAGAAGAAAACCAGUGAACAGCUAGCUAAAACGCACCAUGGAAGUGAAACAAAAGUCUGGAAGGUGAAACCAAGAUGGCGUCGCAUUAUUUUCAAUAGCCUGUACUGACUGGCGCAUAGAAUACUGCCCAGAGUGACCAGUUCUGACCAAUCAGAGCGAUACCUGCUAGAGCGGAGCUAGCACUAAAGGCUAAAUUUUACAAAGCGAACGUUUAGACGCUUUGAUGAUUUAAAUUUUCUAAAAAGUUCAUGUUGUGAAAAGAGAGAACAACAUCCACAAAAUGCGACCUUUGUGAAAGCAGAACACGGCCAGUUUGAAUGUCUAAAAGUACCUGCAGUACCUAGAGCGGCCACUAGUCGACCUCGCCCCAGGACAGAGCAGGAGUGUCUUAUCCAGUUCUUAGUAUAAAUCCAUGACACACUCACAUUUAUCACUGAUACAGACUUUGGAUCUGACACAAAACAACUGAACCUUUCUCUCCUUGAAAAACAUGUUUAUGACUCGUUAGUUAACGCCAGAUAAGCUCUGCACAGUCACGGCAAAGCAAAAAACUACUUUCAGUUUUCCUUUUGCCGUAUAAAGAUAAUUUGAGCUAUAAAAAAAUGCUCCGUGGACAAAAAUUAGGCCAAAAAUCACAUUUUGUCUGGCCAUUUUUCAAAUCAAAUGGUGUCUGUGCAUAACGUCUAUACUCUACAAACAAGUCAGUGUUGGCCCUUUUAUUUCAGUGAACAGAGUGUAUGCUUGUCCCAAAUCUGAAAACAAGAAGAAAGAAAGAAAGAAAGAAAGAAAGAAAGAAA